GAAAAGAAAGAGCGAGAAAAGAAGAAAAUGAGCGUGCACUUCCACUACUACCCUUUCCCACGGUUGGCUUAUGGUUGCAACUAUUACGCUUCUUAUGCAACAAAACGCACUCUCUGCAACCGCCGUCGUGUUCCACCGCACUCUUCCAGCUUCUCCGCCAUCACCAAUCUUUUCUUCCAAAACCCUAAUUUCAUCACGGGGAACACACUCUUCCUUAGGAUGAAGUGCCCUCUUACCAAGAGGAGAAAGAAAAGAGAAAUGAUAGAUAACGAAAUGCGAUUUUGCCCUGUGAGUGGCACGAGUAAGAUCAAAGCGAUGGUGGAGAGGUUGCAGCGAUGUGGAGUGAUCACAUCAAGUAAAGUGGCUGAAGUAAUGGAGAAAGUUGACAGAGCGUUGUUUGUACCUGAUGGAGCUGAGCCUUAUGAUGACAGUCCCUUGGCCAUAGGAUACAAUGCCACUAUAUCUGCCCCGCAUAUGCAUGCCAUUUGUCUUCAGUUGCUUGAGGAUAAGUUGCAGCCUGGGAUGCGUGCUUUGGACGUGGGCUCUGGAACGGGGUAUCUGACGGCGUGCUUUGCCUUGAUGGUUGGACCCCAAGGACGUGCUGUUGGUGUAGAGCAUAUUCCUGAAUUGGUUUCUUCUUCAAUUGAGAAUAUUCAGAAAAGUGCUGCUGCCACACAAUUGACAGAUGGAUCCCUUUCUAUUCAUGCUGGUGAUGGGAGGGAAGGUUGGCCAGAGUUUUCACCUUAUGAUGCCAUUCACGUUGGAGCAGCAGCACCAGAAAUUCCCCAACCACUUAUUGACCAGCUGAAGGCAGGAGGUAGAAUGGUGAUUCCUGUUGGAAACAUAUUUCAAGAUUUAAAGGUGGUGGAUAAGAAUUCUGAUGGUUCUAUCAGUGUCCGGACUGAGACGUCUGUUCGUUACGUUCCCCUCACUAGUCGAGAAGCUCAACUGGGAACUUAUUAAAAUGGAGCCAAAAUAUGGAAUACUAAUAUUUCAGAUGUCAGUGUUGGGAUCUUGGAUGAACACAUACUGUUAGAAUUUGUACAGUUAAAAGUUUCCUGAAUCUUGUAAGGCUUACAGUUACAGAUAUCAAGUCCUUGGAACAUGCCACCCUUAUUCGGGUAGAAUUUGUAUAGUAUAAAGUUUCAUAUUCUGCUUACUAGAUUAA